UGCCUUGGAAAUGUGGAUCUUUGUUUCCUGGCAGCUGCAGGAAAAGCCAUUUCUGCUGACUUUCACUCAGGAGAUCCCUGUAUCCGGGUGGUCCCGACUUGUGCCCUGGGUACUGGGUUUGCUGAUCUCCCGAGCAGCCCCAAGACACCCAAAGGUCUGGGAGAAGGCAGGUAGGAGCAUCCUGAAUCCCACUUGGACAAUGUGAGGGACAGGCACUGGCAUCCCAAAGUUACUGGGGACUCAACACCUGGGACAUGUCCAGCCUUGGCUUGGGAUGCAAAAGGAAAUAACAGCACCUUCUUCCUCCAUGGGACAUGCAUCCCUUGGCUCCUGUUGAUUCCCUGGGCUGGGCACUGGAGGCAAGAGCGGUCUGGAGGGACACAAUGGGAAUAGGUGCCAUGCAGAGGUGGCAUUUCUCCAUCCUGCAGGAGUGGUGGCGUGGCUGUGCAGGGCGGAACCACCGCCAGCCACCAUCCCUGUGGCCUGAAGCACUGAGCAGGGGUUCUGCGUAAAGGAGUCGCCACGCACGGCUUGUCCCCAGGAGCUGCAUGCUCUGUACCCCUCGCUGCCUGCCUGGGCCCUGUGGUUCCUCCUUGCUGGGGAGCCGUGUGUGAGUGCAUGACCCAGGCUGAGCUCAGUAAGUGAGAGCUGGGCUGCGCUCGCUGCCUCCAUGUGACUGCAGUUUCCGUUGGCUCCUUCCGCAAAGGCUAUAUUGGUGCUCAGCGAGGGGGUGGCUGGGACCUGGCCCUGGUGGGUGGCACACAAACCCUGUGGGUGGCACACGGACCCCGCGGGUCACCCCUACCCCUGACCCCAGGACCCCUCUGAGCGCAGCUGAGGGGCCGCAGCAUGGACCGUGCCAAAGCCCACGCGCUGUUCCACGUGCGGCAGCUGUGAAAGUGCCGUGUGCCAAACACUGCUGCUCAUUUGCCUGAGUUUCAGCAUUUCCCCAGAUGCAAAUGCCGUCAGCUCCAGUCCCACCAGGAGUGCCACCACUGAGAUGGAGGCCCUGCUCCCUGGUCUCUCUCUGCUUCUUCUCCUCCUGGCAGUGGGAUGGGGAAGCGGGAUGGACGCAGCCCAGGCAACAUCUCCUGGGGGCUGUGAGCUUGUGCAGAGCAUCAUGGACUGCACUGGGAGAUGGCUGAGUUCCAUCCCAGGAAACCUUCGAGGCGAUACUGAGGAGCUGUUUCUUGAUGACAACACUAUCCAGGUCCUGGGAAAUGCCUCUCUGCUCCUGUAUCCCCAGCUCUGGCAUCUCAGCUUGACCAGGAACCGGCUGGAGCUUAUUGAGCCUGGUGCCUUCCUCAUCAGCCAAGGCCUGGAGGUGCUCUCCUUGACAGACAACCUGCUCUUCACCAACUACUCGCUGACAGCUGCUGCUCUUUCUGCUCUGCCGGCCUUGAGGACACUGGAUCUGGCUGGAAACCAGCUCAGAGAGGACAUGGUAUCAAUUUUAGUCUCAAACCUCUCUUCCUUGGAGUUCCUGUCUGUGGCCAGGAAUGUCAUCAUGAGGUUGGACUCAUCCAUCUUCACAAACCUGACACAGCUUCUGGAGCUGAACCUGGAAAAAAACUACAUCUUUGAGAUUGACAAUGCUUUCGAAGGGCUGCAGAGGCUGCAGAGGCUCAACAUAGCUUACAACUACCUCCCGUGUCUGGUGGGGUUUGGCCUGACCCAGCUCAGGGUGCUCAAUGCCAGCAACAAUGUCAUUGAGUGGUUUAUGACCCUGCAAAGUGAUGACCUCUUUGAGCUGGAGGUGCUGGACCUGUCCCACAACCAACUCCUGUUUUUCCCUGUGCUGCCCCAGCAGAGCAAGCUGCACUCCUUGCUGCUGCAGGACAACAGGAUGAGCUUCUACCAGCGUCUCCCCAAUGGCACCUCCCUGGCCAACGUCACUGUGCAGUUCCUGAUCAUUGAUGGCAACUCCACCAACAUCACGACAGUCAGGCUCUGGGACGAGCUCUGCCACAGCAACCUCUCCUCCCUGCACCUCCUGGACAUGAGCCAGAACCAGGUCUGGGGCCUGCCAGAUGAUUUUCUGGCCCAGAUGCCCUCCUUGACUCACCUAAAGCUCAACCAGAACUGCCUGGAGGCAUUUCACCUGUCGGAGGAGGACCCCUUGGCCAUGCUGACAGACCUGGACCUCAGCCAGAAUCAGCUGGUGGAGCUGGGGAUGAAGGUGGGCACUGGGGACAUCCUGCCCAACUUGCAGCUCUUCAACCUCAGCACCAACAGGCUGCAGGCCCUUCCUCCCAGGAUUUUCACCCACACCAGAAAGAUCACUACUCUGGAUCUCAGCCACAACCGGGUUGACCUCUGUCCCCAGCCAGGUGAGGCCGAGAGUCUCCCCUGCGUGGACAUCAGGGGUGUGGAGACCUUAACCCAUCUCUCCUUGGCUGGCUGUGGUCUGCAGGGGCUGAGCAGCCACCCCUUCCAGGGGACAUCGCUGAUGCAUCUGGACCUCUCUGACAACCACCAGGUGCUGUCCGGGGACCUGGGGUGGCUGCAGGACCUUGUCCUGACACUGCAGGUGCUGUCUCUGAGGAACACCAGCCUCUCUUCCACCACUGUGGACUUCUCUGCCCUGAACAGCCUCGUGCGCUUGGACCUUUCUGGGAAUUCCUUGUCUGUGUUCCCCAGCUCGCUGGGUACCCUGAGGCUGCGCAGCCUGGACCUGCGGGACAACUGCCUCCCGGCGCUGCCGCCGGACUUGGCACAGGCACCGCUGGGGAGGAGCCUGCGGGAGCUCUACGUCAGCCGAAACCCCUACAACUGCUGCAUGCUGGGCUGGUGGGACGCCCUGCAGCAGGUGGAGGGGCUGUGUGUCCCCGACGGGCAGGAGGUGACCUGCAGCCACGGCUCCCGUGCGCUGAGCCCCGGCGCGCUGCCUGAGCCCGUCCUGCAGAGCUGCCGAUGGCAGACGGCCGACCUGGUGCUGCUCUACCUGGUGCUGGCUCUGCCCACCUGCCUGACGCUCCUCGUGGCCUUUGUUGUCGUCUUCCUCAUGCUCAAGGAGAAGCUGCUGAAAAUGGUGAAAACCCGGUGUGGGGUGUCCAGCCCUUACUAAUGGCUGAGGAAGGGCUCAGGAAUAGCCAAUAAUAGCAGGUGCUCAAGAGUACAGGUGAUAACCCCUCCGAGGUGGUCAGGGUGGAAACCUGAUGGAUGCAGGACAGGAGGUGCUGGGAGAGCUGCCAUUCCUGCCCUAAUGGUACCCAAAGGAUGGGGGCCAUGUUUGGUGAUGUAGCACUGGGAAUCCUCAAGGAACAUGUCUUCAAGAAACCUUCAGCUGGUGUUGGUGAGAGCUGAGUGGACACGACACCAAACAUUCAUUGGCUGAAAGGACAGGUUGCCCAGAAAAUCUGUGGAUGCCCCAUCUGUGGAAGUGCUCAAGGCCAGGUUGGAGAGAGCUAGGAGUGGUCUGAUUUAGAGGAAGGUGUCCCUGCGCAUGGCUGUUGUUGUAACCAGAUGGGUUUUUAAGGUCCCUUCCAACCCAGACCAUUCUGGGAUUCUGUGAGUUUUCUCCAACACUGCUUUCCCCCUCCCUCACUCCUUCCAGCAGUUCCUUUUAUUUAUUCCCACCUGUAGCCAAUUCAAAAUGUUCUCCAGAUCUGCAUCCAGCCUCCACAAAGUGUUCCAGGCUGGAAUAAGUAUCACCUGGGCGCUGUGGAGAAGGGUCUCUGUAGCUACAGCUUUCCACACUGCUCUUGCUGGCACUGCCAAACAUGCAGGCAGCCCUGAUCAUGCACCAUGUGCAUGUGCUGAUAAAGACAGGCUCUGGGUAGGGCUGAAAGACACAUUUUGGGGUGUUGUUUCUUCACUAAGUCACAGUCUGGGUUAGAAAAGUCCAUUAAAAACAGCCCAAGUUACCAACGGCAAAUAUCGAUUGAAAAGCAGGAGGGUAAAUUAUAUCCCUCAGCGAUGUUUUAUCAUGGAUUUAUAUUUCUCCAGUGACUGCUGGAUUAAAUAUACAAAGGAAACGAGAGAAAUCCUUCCUCCUUGUUGUGCAAGCCCUGCUCCUGCGGGCGGUCGCUCCAGCAGUGCCCGGGGGUUUCCUUCACCCAGCUCCGCUCACAGCACGCUCUGGCUCUCCCAGAUCAGCAAGCACUACCUGGGGACGUUCUGCUCUGUUCUGCGGGGAUCACUGAGGGGAAAGGAGAAGUGAUGGUGGUUUGUGCUAACCCAAAAGCCCUUCUGAGAACUGGAGUGGCUUUAUUCCUGGGCACUGUUGGGAUUUUUCUAGUGAAACAUGUUUAAUGGGAAUGGGGUACAGGGAAGCGUGCAGCACUGUUGGAGUGGGAAUUCAGGGGACUUGUCCUUGCCUGGGUGUGGGUGGGCUCAGUGAUGUGGGGCGUGCCAGGGGGCUCAAGCCCAGUGGAGUUGUCCUGAGAGGUGCUGGAGGGAGAUGCCUGAGGCUGUCCUGAAGCUGGGAGGAUUUUCCUGGGAGGUUUUCCUGGGAGGAUGCCAGGGAUGGUGCAGACAGGGGGAGCCAAAGCUGGCUGCAGGACAAGCCCCUCCCAGGCACAGGUGUGGGACUAGGGUCACGGGGGAGACUGGUGUGGCUGGUGGCUGUGCAAGGCUGGAAAAAUGGAUGAGUGGGACCCUGCUAGACAACCCAGCAGCUCCACUGGGGCUGAGUACAGUAAAGGCUCUGGAAACCCAUCUGUCAGAUCUGGCUCAGAAAUGACCGCUUUCUGCCCCAGUUUUAGACUGAAAUAGCCAGAACCAAAGCAGGCCCCAACUGGGGAAUCCCUCAGCCUCUUUCAACCCUUCUUUUACCCGUAAGCUGCACCCUGGGGGACAGCAGUGACCUAUAAAUACAUCCCUGUGCCAUCUCCCAGCUGUGUUCCGGUGUCUCCUCGCUGGCAGGGUGAGCAGGUGCCCCUGUGAGCUCCCCUCUCCCUGGGGCUGGGUUCAGAGGGGGAUGGGUGUCCUUCCCCAUCUCCACAGUCAAUGCUGCUGCUCCAUCCAGUGUGGGGUGUGUGGUGCAGCCAUGGGAGAACACACAGGGAGGAGCCACUCGCACUGCCCAGGGCAUGGAUAAAAAGGGGGUGUUCUUAACUGUAUGGAGCUGAUGAGGAUACUCAACAUUCCCUCAUCACAGUGCCUGGAAAGCCAUGGCUCACCUGGAGCUCUGGUAUGAAUGGGAUGUCAGGACAGCAAGAGGAGAUUCCACUUUCUGAAUGAAUUUCCACUUUCUUUGUCCUUACAAAGAUGCUCUCACCGUCAUGGUGAUCAGGGAAGGUCCUUGGUCACUGGAGAGCCCAAGGGUCCCACCCAGCUUCAGUAAUGGCCAAAAGGCAAUCCCAGAGAGAACAGGGCAGCUUCCUGUUGGGAAAACCAUGGAAUGAAUGUUCUUUGGAGCACAAUUCUAGAACAAGAGCGUGGCUGGAAGAAGUCAGCAUGGAUUGCUGAGGCUAAGUUCUGCCUGCCCAACCUGCUUUCCUCUCGGGAUGAAAUGGAUGGAUCUGAAGGCAAGGGGAGAAUGGCAGAUUCUGUCUGCCUUGGCAAGGCUUUGUCCCACAACAUUCUUCAUAGAAGUGCAGAUGUCACAGUCUGGAUGGGAGGGCAGCCAGGCAGGUCAGGAGCAGUGGGAGUGAAGUGCAGAGGGCUGUGGUUAGUAGGAUGUGCUCUACCAGGAGGCUGCUGAGGGGACUGUUUUGGGAUCUGUCCCAUUUCAUGUCUAUACACAUUAUGUAAAGCUGGCUGUAAAAUGCCUUCCUGUCAAGUUCACAGAGGAUCCCAAACUGGGAAGACCAGUACAGCUGCAUGCUGAAGGUCUGGGGUGGGCUGGAAGAACGGGCCAGCAGGAACCUCAUGACCCAGGCACUCAUUUGGCCUCACGUAGCCCUCAUUGGAGAAGAGGCCAUGACCAGGGCUGGGCACAGGCCAUGUCUUCUGAGCCUGGCCAGGAUAAAGCUGGGGGCAGGCUGGGAGUGGAGGAGAGGUUCCCAGGUGCUCUCUCCCUCCCAAGUGGGAGAUCUUUCUGUGUUGUUACAUUGCAAUUGUUGAGGUGAGGCCUGUGCCAGACCCCUGCACGCCCUUUCUAGUCCUGGGAGAGCUGAGUCAGUCUUUACAUAUUUUUUAAUCUUGGCAAGUGAGGCCUUAGCUUUCAUUUCUCUCCUGACUGAAGACCCUCUUGGCCAAGCGUGAGCUCCCUCAUCCUCUCUAGUGAGGGCAAAGCACUGUGGUUUAACUGACACUUGUUCCAUGUUUUUCACAGCAGCAACUCUCAUUUUGGGGUGUAGGAGGAGAGCUCUUCCAGCUGCUCCUCUAGUGACUCCUCUUAGUUAUGUCAGGCAGCAGUUUGUUGAGACCCCUCAGUUUGGGAUGAAAACCCAUCUCACUCACAGCUCACAGCUUCCAGGGUUCAGGAAGCCAAAACCCAGGAAGCUUUUGGAGUUGGAAAAUUUCCCAAAGAAUCCUAAUCUUAGUACUCCAGUUCUUACACGAGAGCAGGACUGAUCUAGUGGAGACCAGCCAAGGUAGACAGCUGGAUUAAAACCUUUGGUGGGAUGAGUUUGUCUUACUCUAGAACCACCCCCAGCCUUCGACCUUCUACCACUCUGGUUUUUCAGAUACUUUAAGCACAUUCUCCCAGCAUGUGAGCACUUUGGAGGAAGCAUCAUCCAGGAGUGUAAGGGUCCAAACCACCCCAUUGCAGCAGUUUGAAAUCAAUGUGUUUUCAAAAGUACUUUCAAGACUAAUUAA